AUGCGGUGCUUUCUUGUGGCAGUUCUGCUGCUGGCGACCGCCGUCAGCGCCCAGCAGAAUGCGUCGUCGGUAUGUACCCCGAUCGAGAAGGAUGUCGACUACUAUGGCAACGACAUCAAGACCACGACGCGGUCGAAUCCAGACGACUGCUGCACCGACUGUGCCGCAACGCCGGGGUGUGUCGUGUACGUCUGGAAUGGCGCAUCCACGUGCUACCUCAAGCACACGAUCGGGUGGCAUAUGCCGGCCGCCGGCGCGCGCGCGGCCAAAAUCCCCGGACCAUCCUCGCCGCUUUGCUCGCCGGUGCUUGAAAACACAGAGUACCGCGGCGUCGACAUGUCGUGGUCGCUCCAACGCCGCGCCGAAGACUGCUGCGACGACUGCCGAAAGACGCCGGGGUGCCAAGCGUUUGUAUGGACCCCUGACGACAAAGGCCGCUGCUACUUGCGGCGACUCGUAGGCGACCCCACACCUCGCGCUGGUGCUCGAUCCGCCCUUGUCAACAAGCCGGCGUCCGUCUGCACGAUCGAGAAGGACGUCGACUACUCUGGCAACGACAUUGUGUCGAUUCCGCGGGACUCGGCCGAUGCGUGCUGCGCCGACUGCGAUGCGACGCCAACUGCGUCGCGUCGCGGCAUGUGCAACCUCAAGCACACAAAAGGCCAAGCGUCCAUCGCACUUGGCGCCAUCGGUGGCUCGAAAGGCACAACGGGCGGCGUUGGCAGCUGCGGUGUCCCGGAGCCCGACGUUGCCUACGACGGGACCCAGCUCGCGACCACCAGCCAUGCGCUCUCGAGUGCGUGCUGUCAAGAUUGCGCCGAUACGCCCGGGUGCACGUUCUACGUCUGGUCGGGCGGUGUCUGUAGCCUCCGCACCAACCAAGGGAGCAAGGUGUCGGCCCCGGGAUCGACGUCAGGGUCGCUGGCCCUGCCCUCGACACAACCGCCGCCACCGCCACCGCCGGGUCCGACCAAAGUGCAAACUCGAAUCUUUGGCGAGUUUCCGCUACCGCGCAUCGCGUACAGCGUGCUGCCGCAAGCUCGCUGGCUCGAGACGUCGGCGUACAAGGCCUUUCUAUAUGCGUUCGAGCGGAUCAUGACCAACGAAACCCUCCAGGCGCAGCACGCAGGGCAGCCACAUGAGCUGGUUGCUGCGUCGACGCACGUCCGGUACUUUCCGCGCGUGCGCAGUCCCGGCGAGUGCGCGCUCGUGGCCAGCACGUACCGCUUUGCCUACUUUACCUUUGCCGCGGCGUCGCAGCUCUGCAUGGCACACACUUUUGCACCCAGCAGCGCAUCGGCGCCGGCGACGACGUGGAUGCGCAGCCAAGACAGCUUUCUUCCGUUUGGCCCGCAAGAGUUUCCAGCGUCCUUUGUGCGAACACUCUCUGCACCGACCCUCGCGGCGUGCCACGCGGCGUGCACCGAUACGUGCGCCGGCGUCGGGUUCACGCUGGAGAGUGGCGUCUGUGCCGUCGUCGUGCCCGUGGUCCACGCCGAUGCCGACACCGACGUCGUUGCCGGCUGGGUCCAGAACCCGCACGCGUGGGCCGAGAUACUGAACGACUUUCAGUACGUCACCAUGACCGACCGGUACCUCGGGGACGAGGUCGCCAAGCGCGUGGUGGCGACCAACGUCAACUCGGUCGUUCGCUGCGCGAAGCUCGUGGCGGCCCAGCCGGACGCUGCCGUGAACGUCGUCUUCCUCUACGACGAGCCGACGCAGACUUGCUACAAUGUGCCGACGACGACGUCGCCACUCCGCAGCAUCCAGUUUGUCAACUACCCGACGUCACCGAUCUCUAUCGGGAAGCGACUGCUCCGCGGCUUGGCAUCGACGACACUCGUGGUGCCAGCACUCUCGAAUGACGACUGCCACCGCCAGUGCCUCCCCUCCAAGUCCAACUGCUUUGCGUCGUCCUACUUGAUGGAAAAAUGCAGCUUGUACACGGCUCUGUACCGGCCGCGGUCGACGCUGGGGGUCAUCAGCCCGAGAACGACGCUGCCAGUCGCACCUACCGCGCGAACGUCGUCGGUGCUCUUUCUCACGGCGCACCAAGACGACCAUGAGCUCUUCAUGUCCGGUCAAGUCGCCAAGGCGGUCGCCGACCCGGAUACCGCAGUCACCUGCAUCUACAUGACCGCCGGCGACGCCGGAUCGAACAACGGCUGGUACGAAGCGCGGGAGGCAGGGACACUUGCAGCGACGCGAGCGUGGGUUCAAGCGGCUGGGCGCUUUGACCCGGUGCAACGCACGUCGUCCGUCACUGUCCUCGGGCACGUCGUCGCCAAGGUCGAGAUUGGCAACGUCGCCCACUACUUUUUACGACUGCCCGAGCUACGCACGAUCGACUUGUCCAAAUUUGGGACGCCAGUCUCGCCCAUGGACCGACCCGACGAGGUUUAUGCGACCGAGGCCGAGGUGCAAGCGGUCCUUUUGGCGAUUGUCAAGUUGGAAGCCAAGGGCCGCGCGACGCUGCAUAGCCAGCAGUAUGGCCAAGUCGACCACUUCUUGCAUGCCAUGGCCGGCCGCCUCGUCGCCAGCGCUGUGGCCGCCGACCCGACGCUGUCCACGUGCCUUAGCACGGCGUACUACUGGGGCUACCAAAAGUGGCUCGACCCCGUCAACCUCCCCGACCAGCACACGAUCGAGCUUCAGCGCCGUGCGUGGCUAGCACUCAGCAGCACCGCGUCGAGCUUGUACCCGACCAUGUCGCCGUGGCUCGACCAUGUCUCGGUGCUUGGCCGCGAGUACGUCGCGUCGUCGCUCUCUCGCACGGACCUCUGCCCCGCCUGA